AUGAUGCUGGGAGGAUUGCGAGGAUUGCGGGGAGUGGCUGGUCAUGCUACACCUCCCGCGCGCAGCAGAGCGUUCAUCACGCUCCCCGAUUUCUCCAGCACUAGCCCGCCAGCGACAUACACCGAGGAGAGGCUAUUGCCGUAUGCGCAGCGUGAUUUAUGGAGGAUGGUGGCGGAUGUUGGCAGGUACAGCAAGUUUGUGCCGCACUGCACGCAUUCCCGUGUCUUGGGUAGCGGGGAGCGGGAGCGGGAGCGGGAGUGGAAGCAGAACCAGGAACAAGACGCAAAACUCAGCACCACCACCACCGUCGAAGCAGAACUGGGCGUCGGGUUCAAGGGUUUCGAAGAGAGGUACACGAGUGUAGUGACGCUGCAGCCGUUCCACACCGUCACCGCUAGAGCUAGCUCUCAGACACCGCUGUUCAAGUCGCUCGAAACGCGCUAUCGAUUCACGCAGCACUCGCAUACACACACCCUCCUGGCUAUUGAGCUCGAAUACGCCUUCAGUAACCCCCUCUACGCGGCGCUGUCAUCCACCUUCUUCGACGGCGUCAGCCACGCGAUGGUGAAUGCGUUCGAGGAGAGGGCGCGUGUGGUUUGUGGAAGGGUGUAG